CAGAGUGGCAAAACGUGAUGCGCCAAUGCAAGGACCACGGCGGACAGCACAUGGUCAGUUUUGAUUAUGUACAAACAGUGCAGCCGGCGCCAAUUUGUACUUUGAGGCCCGUUUCUUCCGCCGCAGUCGACCUAUGAGAGCACCAAAUGAACCGGAAAGCUCCCGAGUGCCGAAGCGACCCUCCAGCAGCCCAUCCGGCGGCGAUGGGGGCUGUCUUUUCAAGCUUUCACGCAAUGCAACAUCUCAGAUGGACCAUUCAGAAACCGGCACCGGUCUCGCAGCCGGCUGCUUGGGGCAGGUGCGAGGGCCUGGCGCAGACGGGUGGACCAUAUCUGUCUCCGUGGCGGGGUCAAUGACGGAGCAGGGAUCCGGAUGCACCAAACCCCUUGCCCCGAAAGGCCCCCCCUGCUCAGCUGCUCUCUCUGUCUGUUUGCAGCGAUCGUCCGGAACCCGCAUGUGCCUGCCCAGACCCAAGCGAGCCAAGCCAGUGACGCUCCAAGAAACGCAUGCCCCACCAGGCCAGUGCGGGCCGUUUUGUAUACCAAUUUCCUCGACACAGUAUGAAAGCAAUACCUUCUUCCUGCCCAUGGUUGGUUUCACGUACUAUUUUAUAAGCACGACACAGCCACUUGACAUUUCUCUUCUUUGCAUUCCGUCUCUGUUUUUUUUAUCGCAGGGAAACCCGCAUCACAUAUUAGAGACCAGUAAAAUUCCACUCCCGUCUUGCGUAGGAAUUCCAAUUGAAUUCAAAAGAGCAUUUGGUUGCCUGCCGCCGUCGCCCAUAGCAUUCCCCCACCAACCGCCACCCGCGUCGUCACCAAGCCAUUGCGCAACGGGGUGAGCAGGAAUGAAAUACGGAGAGCAGUUCGAAAAGGAAUCUGUGCCACAAUGGAGCCUUCGUAUGUCCAUGCCCCGGGAAUAAAUGCCCUGUAGAUGGUGUGGGAAAGUCGUCGCUAACGUCAAUACACCCGUAUUCCAGAUAACAUCGACUACAAUUCGCUGAAGCAUCACAUCAAGGUGCACACGACCCGGGACCAAGCCACGGCAAUAGCGAUACCGGGCCGCCCAAAUACGGCUCUUCAUAAGUUUGAAGACGACUUCUACUCGGAGCUAUGUCGACAACACGACCGGGUGGAGCUGUUUGUUUCGAGCAAGGCCGAUGAGAUCGCAAGGCGGCUGCGUAUGUGCCUAACCCAUUGACGUUUUCG